AUGGCAUCUGAACAGAAAUCUGCCUCCGAGAAGUAUCAGAAGAUCUCUCAGCUGGAACAUAUCUUAAAGAGACCGGAUACCUACAUUGGUUCUAUCGAAGUGCAGGAGCAAGAGCAAUGGAUCUACGAUGAGACCACCGAUUGUAUGAUGGAGAAACAUGUCAAAAUUGUCCCUGGCCUAUUCAAAAUUUUUGAUGAGAUUUUGGUUAAUGCUGCUGAUAAUAAAGUUCGUGAUCCAACUAUGAAAAAGAUCGAUGUUACUAUUUCACCUGAUGAAAACCAAAUCGAGGUUAGAAAUGACGGAAAAGGUAUUCCCAUUGAAGUCCAUGAGAAAGAAAAGAUAUACAUUCCAGAAUUGAUUUUUGGCCAUCUUCUUACCUCAUCUAAUUAUGAUGACGAUGAGAAGAAGGUCACUGGUGGUAGAAACGGUUACGGUGCAAAAUUAUGUAAUAUUUUCUCCACCGAAUUCAUUCUAGAGACUGCUGAUCCUGAUACUGGUAAAAAGUAUGUCCAAAGGUGGGAGAACAAUAUGAAUGUCUGUCACCCUCCAAAGAUUACUUCCUAUAAGAAGGGACCAUCAUACACUAAAGUCACAUUCAAGCCUGAUUUGAGCAGGUUUAAUAUGGAAAAACUUGAUGACGAUAUUCUUGGGGUUAUGCGUCGACGUGUCUAUGAUAUCAAUGGGUCUGUUCGUGAUAUCAACGUUUACUUAAAUGGUAAAUCUUUGAAGAUUCGUAACUUUAAAAAUUAUGUUGAAUUAUAUCUAAAAUCAUUAGAAAAGAAAAGGUUGCUCGAUAAUGGCCAAGAUGCUACUGUUCAAAAUAAUAUUCCAACUAUUCUUCACGAAAGGGUGAGCGAUCGCUGGGAAGUUGCAUUUGCAGUCUCAGACAUCUCCUUUCAACAAAUUUCAUUUGUAAAUUCUAUUGCUACAACGUCUGGGGGUACCCAUGUCAAUUAUAUUACUGAUCAAAUCGUAAGAAAAGUUUCAGAUUUUUUAAAGAAGAAGAAAAAGAGUAUUAAACCUUUUCAAAUCAAGAAUAAUAUGUUUAUUUUCGUCAAUUGUUUAAUUGAAAAUCCAGCAUUUACAUCGCAAACGAAAGAGCAAUUGACUACAAGAGUUAAAGAUUUUGGGUCACGUUGUGACAUUAGUAAUGAAUACAUUAAUAAGAUCAUGAAAACUGAUUUAGCGACCAAAAUUUUUGAAAUUGCUGAUGAAAAUGCACAUAACGCAUUAAAGAAGUCUGAUGGUACCAGAAAAAGUAGAAUUACAGAAUAUCCAAAAUUAGAAGAUGCCAAUAAGGCUGGUACGAGGGAAGGUUACAAAUGUACGUUGGUUUUAACAGAGGGUGACUCUGCCCUGUCGCUGGCCGUUGCCGGUCUUGCUGUGGUGGGAAGAGAUUAUUAUGGUUGUUAUCCAUUACGUGGUAAAAUGCUGAAUGUUAGAGAAGCUAGUGCUGAUCAAAUUUUGAAGAAUGCUGAAAUUCAAGCCAUCAAAAAAAUUAUGGGUUUACAGCAUAAGAAAAAAUAUGAAGAUACGAAAUCUUUGAGGUACGGACAUCUUAUGAUCAUGACAGAUCAAGAUCAUGAUGGUUCCCAUAUUAAAGGUUUAAUCAUUAAUUUUAUAGAAAGCUCAUUUCCCGGUCUAUUGGAUAUACCUGGUUUCCUGGUGGAGUUUAUUACUCCAAUUGUGAAAGUUACCAUUACAAAACCACGUAGACAAACUAUUUCUUUCUAUAAUAUGCCAGACUAUGAAAAGUGGAGAGAAGAGGAAUCACAUAAAUAUACUUGGAAGCAAAAAUAUUAUAAGGGGUUAGGUACUUCUACUGGUCAAGAAGUCAAAGAAUAUUUUUCCGAUUUGGAUAGACAUCUGAAGAAGUUCCAUACUUUACAAGGAAACGAUAAGGAUUUGAUUGAUCUAGCAUUUUCAAAGAAAAAGGCCGAUGAUCGUAAAGAGUGGUUGAGACAAUAUGAGCCAGGUACAGUUCUGGAUCCACGCAUUAAUGAAAUUCCUAUUAGUGACUUCAUUAAUAAAGAACUCAUCCUUUUCUCAUUAGCAGAUAACAUUAGGUCUAUUCCAAAUGUAUUGGAUGGGUUUAAACCAGGUCAGAGAAAGGUAUUAUAUGGUUGUUUUAGACGUAAUUUGAGAUCUGAAAUUAAAGUUGCUCAAUUAGCACCCUAUGUCGGUGAAUGUACGGCUUAUCAUCAUGGUGAACAGUCAUUAGCUCAAACAAUUAUUAGUUUGGCCCAAAAUUUUGUGGGGUCUAACAAUAUUUAUCUUUUGAUGCCUAACGGUGCAUUCGGUACUAGAGCAACUGGUGGUAAAGAUGCAGCCGCUGCGAGAUAUAUUUUUACUGAAUUAAACAAACUUACCAGAAAAAUUUUCCACCCUGCUGAUGAUCCACUAUUUAAUUAUCUUCAGGAUGAUGAAAAAACAGUGGAGCCAGAAUGGUAUUUGCCAGUUAUACCGAUGCUUUUAGUCAACGGCUGUGAAGGUAUUGGUACCGGUUGGAGUACUAGUAUUCCACCCUUCAAUCCUGAAGAUAUUGUUAGAAAUAUCAAACAUCUAAUGAACAAUGAAGCUCUAGAGGAAAUGCAUCCGUGGUUUAGAGGCUGGGAUGGUACAAUAGAACAAACUGACCCUCAGCGUUAUAGGAUGUAUGGUAGAAUUGAACAAGUUGGUUCGAACACCUUAGAAAUUACAGAAUUGCCCGCCAGAACAUGGACAUCUACUAUCAAAGAAUAUUUAUUAUUAGGUUUGAGUGGUAGCGAUAAAAGCAAACCGUGGAUCAAAGACAUGGAAGAACAACAUGGUAGUACAAUUAAAUUUAUCAUCACUCUAACUGAUGAGGAGAUGGCAAAAACUAAAAAGGUUGGCUUUUACGAACGUUUCAAAUUAAUUUCUCCAAUGAGUUUGAUGAAUAUGGUGGCAUUUGACCCGUAUGGCAAAAUCAAGAAAUACGAGGCAGUCAAUGAAAUUCUGACAGACUAUUUUUAUGUCAGGUUGGAAUAUUAUCAGAAGAGAAAAGAUUACAUGAGCGAAAGACUCCAAUGGGAAGUUGAGAAGUAUUCAUAUCAAGUCAAGUUUAUCAAGAUGAUCAUAGAAAGAGAAUUGAUUGUAACCAACAAACCAAGAAAAACAAUUAUCCAGGAACUGGAAGCAUUUGGUUUUCCAAGAAUCAAUAAGGAAGGAAAACCAUACUAUGGAAAAACUGAAGAUGUCUCUGGUGCGCUUGAAGAGGAUGACGAAUCUUCUGAUGCUGAAGAACAUGACGCUGACUCUGAACAUCACACGGAAGGCACUGAGGUUAUUAACGGGCCAGAAGAAAUUUAUGGUAGUUAUGAAUAUUUGCUAGGUAUGAGAAUUUGGUCUCUAACCAAAGAAAAAUAUGAAAGAUUACUAAAGCAAAAGCAAGAAAAGGAAGUGGAAUUGGAAAUGUUACUGAAGCUCUCCGCAAAAGACAUUUGGAACACUGACCUUGAUGCAUUUAUGAAAGGAUAUAAAGAGUUCAUGGAAUUUGAUGAAGAAGUGCGUAAUGGUGAAGUUCCUGCUAAAGGAGGCAAAACUAAAGGUAAACGUAAGAGAAAGAAUGCAGAUGAUGAUGAUGAUGAGUUCGUUGUUGGCAAGACAGCUAAGAAAACCAAAGCGAAAAGACAAACAAAGAAGGCCAAACUUGAAGAAAAUUUCGAAAGAAUUCUGAUUGAACCUAAAGCAAUAGUAAAGCCAAAAAGAGCAGUUAAAAUUAAAAGUGAAAGUAAGGACACAUCUGUUUCUGCGACACCUACGCCAGUUGCGAUAAAGACGGAGGAUAAUAAAGAAGCCUUGAGUUCGAGUUCAUCAACAAUAUUUGACAAGAAGGUCACAAAGAGUAGUGACGACGCUUCCAGCAGCUUGAGCACAUUUUCCAGCAAAUUCAAGAAGAUCACAGAUAUGUUCGACAGCGUUGAAGAUACUUCAAGAAAUACUACACCCGAAUCUAUAAAAGAGGAUGAACCUAUCAAGAAGCCGGUUCCAAAAGCAGCUGUGAGUACUGUUGCUGUAAAGAAACGUGCACCAGCGAAGCGUAAAACUAUCGAGCUUUCAGAUGAGAGUGAUUUAGAAAUUUUAAGUGAAGAUGACGAUGAGGAGGAGAAAGUUAUACCAAGGCAAAGAUCUGCGAGAGCUUCUUCGCGCCCUAUGAAGAAUUAUACCCAAACUGUUGAAUUAUCCGACGACAGUUUCAUUGAUGAUGACGAUGUUGAAGUCAAUUCUGAUGCAUCAUUCAAUGAAGAUAUUGAUUAA